UGCAGAAAGUCACUUCUUUGAAAGAUGCUGGGAAAUUUGCUGUUGUUUUCCCCGUUUUUCAUUGUCUUGAACUGUGGCGUUAGUGGUGGAGCUCAGUUGUCACCGGUAGCCUUUACCGCUCUGUUGGAUGGAAACAACCAAUAUGAACAGGACGAUACGGUCAUCUACAACGUGAUUAGAACAAACGCGGGAGGCAAUUAUAACGAAACCACAGGGAUCUUCACGGCACCGGAUGCAGGUGUUUAUUUUUUCACCUGGAGUACCCUGACAUCGCCAUAUAAACGGCUGAAUACAGCGAUUGUGAAAAACAGUUCAUCAGGUUACAUUGCAUACAGCUCGUGUGCUGCGUUUCCAGACACGUACACGACGUGCAGCCAGUCAACAACUGUCGAACUGGUGCCUGGAGACAGGAUAUGGAUAGUGGUGUACAAAAUGGCGGUGCAAGAUCUUCAUGGAGGUCAAUGGCCGACAUUUUCUGGAUUUAAAUUAUAAUUUUUUAAAUAAAAAAAAUUCUCCAAA